UUACUGCUAUCCAAAUGUGCCUCUAUUUCAUCUUUUAUGAUUGACUCCAGCAUCUUCCCCACCACCGAUGUCAGGCUAACUAGUCUCUUAUUCCUUGUUUUCUCUCUCCUGCCUUUCUUAUUAAGUGUGAUAAGAUUAGCUACCCUCCAAUCCACAGGAACUUAUCCUAAAUCUAUAGAACAUUGGAAAAUGAUCAUCAAUGCAUCCACGAUUUCUAGAGCCACUUCCAUAACUACCCUGGGAUGCAGACCAUCAGGCCCUGGGGAUUUAUCAGUCUUCUGUCCCAUCAGCCUAUCCAACACCAUUUCCUUCCUAAUAUGGAUUUCCUUCAGUUCUUCCGUCAUCCCAGAUCCCCUGGCCACCAGUACAUCAGGAAGAUUGUUUGUGUCCUCCAUAGUGAAGAUGGAUCCAAAGUACCUGUUCAACUCAUCUGCCAUUUCCUUGUUCCCCAUAAUAAAUUCAUCCUUUUCAGUCCUCAAGGGUCCAAAUAAGGGUUAAUUUGGUCUUAACUAAUUUUUCCUCUUCACAUACCUAAAGAAGCUUUUACUGCCCUCCUUUAUAUUCUUGGCUACCUUACCUUCGUACCUCAUCUUUUCUCCCCGUUUUUAGUUAUCUUCUGUUGCUCUUUAGACGUUACCCAAUCCUCUGGCUCCUGGCUCAUCUUUGCUAUGUUGUACUACUUCUCUUUUAUUUUUUAUUUUUUUGCUAUGCCUGACUUCCCUUGUCAGCCACAGUUGCCACUUACUCCCCUUCAUUAUUAUUCCCAGAAAUACCUGCCAUUGUUGUUCCACUGUCAUCCGUGCUCGGGUAUCUUUCCAGUCAACCUUGGCUAGCUCCUCCCCCAUGGCUCCAUAAUCCCCUUUGUUCCUUUAUUGGAUUACCAAUUGUUUAUAAUUCUGUUGGCCAACCGUAUUCUCUUUUGUUUUUAAUCUGUUUGCCUGGUCAUCAUAGAUUCUUUAUGUUUUUUGAGGUCUAAGUAACACAUGUGCUGUACUGGAGCUCCACCAUCACUCUUAUCCAGGGCUUGGACCAUUUUAUGCCCUCUUUAUUACUAUUAAUUUACACAGAUCCCACUUUCCACGGUACUCUUCCGGAAGCCAGUGGCACGUAGUCUGAACUGCUCAAAUCACAAAAAUUCUUAUUACUAAUUUACACUAAUUUGCAGGAGUAGAAUUAGGCUAUUCGGCCCAUCGAGUCUUCUCUGCCAUUCAAUCGUGGCUGAUCUCACUCCUAUUUCAUAUUUCCUGCUUUUUUGCCCAUAUUCCUUGAUUCCGUUAGCCCUAAGAGCUAUAUGUAACUCUCUGGAAUGCAUCCAGUGAAUUGGCCUUCUGUGGCAGAGAAUUCCACAGAUUUACAACUCUGGGUGAAAAUGUUUUUCCUCAUCUCAGUCCGAAAUGGCCUACCCGUUCUUCUUAAACUGUGACACUUGGUUCUGCACUCCCCCGACAUCGGAAACAUAUUUCCUGCAUCUAGCUUGUCCAAUCCCUGACGAAUUGUAUAUGUUUCUAUAAUAUUCACUCUCAUCCUAAAUUCCAGUGAAUAUACGCCCAUUCGAUCCAUUCUUGCAAGUGAACCUCUGCCUCACCUGAAAAGACAGUGUUGCAUUUCCUGCGGUUGCUGGGGAAAGUUCUUGGGGAGGGGGUGGAUUGGGUGUGAGGGGACGAGUUGACCAGGGAGUUGCGGAGGAGACGGUUUCAAGAUUCAAGAGAGUUUAUUGUCAUGUGUCCCAGAUAGGACAAUGAAAUUCUUGCUUUGCUUCAGCACAACAGAAUUAUAGAAGGCAUGAAUACAGAACAAAUCAGUGUGUCCAUAUACCAUUGUAUAAAUAUAUACACACAUGAAUAAAUAAACAGAUAGUGCAAAUAAAGUGAUAAUGGGCUAUUAAUGUUCAGAGUUUUGUUUGAGUUGAGUUCAAUAGCCUGAUGGCUGUGGUGAAGAAGCUGUUUCUGAACCUGGAUGUUGCAGUUUUCAGGCUCCUGUACCUUCUACCUGAAGGUAGCAGGGAGAUGAGUGUGUGGCCAGGAUGGUGUGGGUCCUUGAUGAUGCUGCCAGCCUUUUUGAGGCAGCGACUGCGAUAGCUCCCCUCGAUGGUGGGGAAGUCAGAGCCGAUGAUGGAUGGGCAGUGUUUACUACUUUUUGUAGUAUAUUCCUCUCCAGGGCGCUCAGGUUGCCGAACCAAGCUACGAUGCAACCGGUCAGCAUGCUCUCUACUGUGCACCUGUAGAAGUUCCCGGUUUCUCCGGAAAGCAGAAAGGGGUGGAGACGGGAAGAUGUAGCUAGUAGUGGGAUCCUGUUGGAGGUGGCAAAAAUGUCAGAGGAUUGUGCUGUAUGUGAUGGCUGAUGGGGUGAAAGAUGAGGACCAGGGGACUCUGUUCCUGUUGCGAAUGGGGAAGGCGGAGCAAGAGCCGAGCAGCGGGUUAUCGUGGAGACCCAUGUGUGGCCCUCAUCUAUAAUGGAAGAGGGGUACCCCGUUCCCUAAAAAAUGAGGACAUCUCCCAUGACCUGGUAUAGAAAACCUCAUCCUGGGCGCAGGGUGGGAAGAAGUGUAGUUUGGAUAUAAUGAUGUUAGGAAUCUUUGUUUUUUUUUUUUGCAUUAAUUAAGCUAAUUUGAAACUUUUUUCACUCCCAUCUGUCAAAAGAUCUUCAACAGAAGCACAAGGAAACUUUGUGCGAACAGACCGAAACGGUGAAAGAAAACACGAUCCUGAUGAAGGAGAAGGUUAAGAUUUUCCAACUGGUCGAUCGAUACGCUCAACUCACUGUCAUUUCAUGUGUUCGAAACCGGACACUGGUGGAACAUGAGCUGCUGGUAAGAGGACAUGACCAUGAGGAAUGGAGAGAAGAACAUCUCAAAGGAGUGUUGGAAAAAAUUCGGACAGAUGAGUUAUUCCAGCACAGCUAUUCCCGGAGUAACACCGGAUCUGGCAGUUCGACAGCAGUGGCUGAAGUCCCAGGGAUCGGAAAAACAACAAUGGUUCAAAAGAUUGUUUAUGAUUGGGCCAUGGGAAAAAUAUACCAACAUUUUCAAUUUGUCCUUAGUUUCAAGUUCCGCGAUUUAAACACAAUUACGUGCAAAAUAAGUCUAAAUGAACUGAUUCUGGAUCAGUAUCCGUAAUUUGGUAAUAUGCUAAGAGAAAUUUGGAAAAACCAAGUAGGAUUGCUGUUUAUAUUUGAUGGUUUGGAUGAAUUCAAGGAUAGAAUUGAUUUUGGUGACAGUCAGAGAGACAUUGACUCUCAGCGCACGUGCACAGAUCCCCAAUUCCGGUGUAAAGUGUCCGAUAUUGUGUACAGUUUAAUCCAACACAAGCUGCUAGUGACCACCCGCCCCGCUGCGUUACAUUUAUUGGAAAAGGCGGAGAUCAGCGAUUGGACUGAAAUCCUGGGAUUUGUUGGUGAGGAACGGAAGGAAUAUUUUAACAUGUUCUUUGAAGAUCAGACGGUGGCAACAGCCGUUUUCAAACACGUGGAGGAGAACGAAAUCCUGUACACGAUGACCUACAAUCCUUCCUACUGUUGGAUUCUCGGACAGGCUCUGGGCCCCUUCUUCAUGAAAACACUCGGUCACUCGUAUCGGAUUCCCAAGACCAUCACCCAAUUAUAUUCCUACUAUAUUUACAACAUCCUAAAAAACCACAGCCGUGAGAUUGAGAGCCCCUGUGAGACGUUAGUGAGGGUUGGCCAGAUGGCCUUCACAGGAGUGGCUGAAAAAAGCAUUGUGUUCACGGAUGAAGAUUUGAGCAUGUACAAACUGCAACCUUCCCAGUUCCUGUCUGGGUUCCUGAUGGAGCUUUUGGAGAAAGAGGACUGUGCCCGGAGCAUGGUGUACACAUUUACACAUCUCACCAUCCAAGAGUUUGUAGCCGCACUUGUGCGUUUCUUGACGCCAAAUGCACGGGGCAUCCAGAAACUCCUCACUGAAGCUCACUGCUCGACUGACGGGCGUUUUGAGGUAUUUCUCCAUUUUGUCGCUGGUCUCUCCUCCCCAUUGUCAGCUCGGCACUGGAGGAGUUUCUGGGUCCAUUUAGAGGAGGUUAAACGUCAGACUGGAAAUGCUGGGAGUGAAGCUGGAAAAAGGAGCCUCCUGAACACGAUGCAUUAUCUGUUUGAGUCUCAGAAUCAUGCACUAGCUCGGCAGACACUGGGACUUGUGGAAACAAUUUCAUUUGGUGGACUGCGGCUUACGCCAAUUGAUUGCGCUGUCCUGUCUCACGUUAUUCGGUUCUGUGGCACGAUUAAAUUCCUCAAUCUGGAGCACUGCCUCAUUCAAUGUGAAGGACUCCAGCGGCUGGCACCCGUACUGCACAAGUGCCAAGAGUUGGGAUUGGGGGCCAAUGACCUGGGGGAUUCCGGAGUGAAACGUGUGUCUGCGGCUUUGAAGAUGCCGGACUGCAAAGUAGAGAAAUUGCGGUAAGUACCAGACUGUGAGAGAUCGAGCAGGCGUCUUUGACACAGAACGUUCAUUCUGUUCCUGAAAACCACCGGGCAUUUUUACCGUCCACUGUCUCUCUAUUUGAAAUCACCAAGUUUGCAGAUGGCACAAAGCUGGGUGGCAGUGUGAGCUGCGAGGAGGAUGUUAUGAGGCUGCAGGGUGAUUUGGACAGGUUGGGUAAGUGGGCAGAUGCAGUAUAAUGUGGAUACAUGUGAGGUUAUCCACUUUGGUGGUAACAACAAGAAGGCAGAUUAUUAUCUGAAUGGAGUCAAUUUAGGAAAUGGGGAGGUGCAACAAGACCAGAAGGUCACAGUUUAAGAAUAAGGGGUAGGCCAUUUAGGACUAAGAUGAGGAAAAACCUCUUGGUAUCAUCUGCAUACUUACUAAUCCAAUUUACCACACCUUCAUCCAGAUCAUUGAUGUACAUGACAAACAACAAAGGACCCAACACAGAUCCUUGAGGCACCCCACUAGUCACCUGCCUCCAACCCGAUAAACAGCCAUCCACCAUUACCCUCUGGCUUCUCCCAUUCAGCCACUGUUGAAUCCAUCUUGCUAUUCCUGCAUUUAUACCCGACAGUUGAACCUUCUUAACCAACCUUCCAUGAAGAACCUUGUCAAAGGCCUUACUAAAGUCCAUAUAGACAACAUCCACUGCUUUACCCUCGUCAAUUUUCCUAGUAACCUCUUCUAAAAAUUCAAGAAGAUUAGUCAAACAUGACCUUCCAGGCACAAAUCCAUGUUGACUGUUCCUAAUCAGACCCUGUUUAUCUAGAUGCUUAUAUAUAUUAUCUCUAAGUAUCUUUUCCAUUAAUUUGCCCACCACUGAAGUCAAACUAACAGGUCUAUAAUUGCUAGGUUUACUCUUAGAACCCUUUUUAAACAAUGGAACAACAUGCGCAGUACGCCAAUCCUCGGGGACUAUUCCCGUUUCUAAUGACAUUUGAAAUAUUUCUGUCAUAGCCCCGGCUAUUUCUACACUAACUUCCCUCAAUGUCCUAGGGAAUAUCCUGUCAGGACCUGGAGACGUAUCCACUUUUAUAUUUUUCAAAAGUGUCAGUACUUCUUUUACUUUGAACCUCAUAGUAUCCAUAGCUACUCUACUAGUUUCCCUUACCUCACAUAAUUGAAUAUCCUUCUCGUUGGUGAAUACCGAAGAAAAAAAAAUGUUCAAUAUCUCCCCCAUCUCUUUUGGCUCUGCAGAUAGCUGUCCACUCUCUCUCCAAUGGACCAAUUUUAUCCCUCCUUAUCCUUUUGCUAUUAAUAUAGCUGUAGAAACCCUUUGGAUUGACUUUCACCUUACUUGCCAAAGCAACCUCAUAUCUUCUAUUAGCUUUUCUAAUUUCUUUCUUAAGAUUCUUUUUACAUUCCUUAUACUCCUCAAGCACCUCAUUUACUUCAUGCUGCCUAUAAUUAUUGUAGAUCUCCCUCUUUUUCCGAACAAGAUGUCCAAUUUCCCUUGAAAACCAGGGCUCUUUCCAAUUUUUACUGUUUCCUUUCAACCGAACAGGAACAUAAAGAUUCUGUACUCUUAAAAUUUCCCCUUUAAAUGUCCUCCAUUUCUCUUCUACAUCUUUCCCAUAAAACAAAAUGUCCCAGUUCACUCCUUUUAAAUCAUCAUAUGGUUAUAUGAUUAUUAAUGUAAUUGUGUGGGGAUUUACACUGGUUCUUAUCUC